AUGGAGAUCAUGUUGGACGCAGGCGUAGGCGACGAGCAAGAUGCCAAGCUCUCCCACGAAGUGAUCCUCCGCUCCAUUUUUGGGGGCGAACGAUGGGCGGGUAACUUGCAAGUUAUAUUCGAGUAUGAUCAUGGCGACGACUGGGAGCACGACAUCACGUUCUUGGGCAAGGCACAUCCCACAUUCAGGAAAGCUAUAUCGAUACCCGAGGAGCAGAAAGCAUUCUGCUACGCUGAUCAGGGUCACCUUGUCGCCGGGAACUGCGGAGGUACUGUUGGUUGGGACUGCCUUAUAAGUCCUUCAAGAAGAGAAGCAAGAUUGACACAGAGUUGAAGGAGUGGUGUAAGGCACAAUGCUGGACUAGAGAUAAGAAAAGGGCUGGAUCUACCUGAUUGAAUAUCCUCGAUGUCAAUGACCGCCUGGGGGCAGUAGGAGAUCGUUUGCAAGAGUAAGCGCGGCUUUCUGGACGGCCGUUAGUACUUGGCGACCUAAG